CACACACACACACACACCGGUCUGUAGGCUGAUAACAGCAGCAGCUACCGGGGACCAGACACACCGGGAAGUUCUUCUAACCUAGUCAGCUUCAUACACUUCACUUUUAUUUAUUAAUUUAUUAGUUUGUUUGUGUGAGGAGUAUUUAUUUCAUUCAAAGAUGAACGUGUCGAGAAGUCUGUGCACAUUUGAGGACAUCAGAAACCAAGAGCAUGGGGACGGUUGCAGGCGACUGCGACUCACACUGCACGACCAGAGCCAGGCAGCUCGGAGCACAGAGCAGCAAAGGGACAAGCCAGUUGGACGCGCUUUUGCUCUGGUGCAGCCGGCCAGUGACAGGACAUCUCAGUACCCUGAACCGGUCAAAUCAGAGGAGCAGGUGGAGGUUAUCAAGGUUUACCUAGAGGCCCGCAGACAAGAGCAGGUGAAACACCAGCAGAGCCUGAAGAUGCUGUCGGACGAAGUUUCCCAGAUACAAGAGGUGAGGUAUUGCCUGAAGACGCUGAGGGAGCAGAUGGCAGCCAAAAACAAGACGCUCACAAACGGGUGGAAAGUCGGCCUUCCCUUCAGAAAGAGCUCCUCGCCUGCCCCCGGUGGAGGGGCUAAAGCUAAUGCACAGGACGCAGAUGAAGAAGCGGAGAGAGCCAAGCUGAGGGAGGUCAGUAAGCGCCUGUAUGCACAGCUACAGGACGCAGAAAAGACACACCAAGAGGACAAAGAGAGGCUGCAGGCUGAAGGCAGCAGGCUGAGGGAGCGUCUGAGCGAGGAGGAGGAGAAGAUGAAGAUCACAGAAGAGGACAGCGAGAAGAAAGACCAGCGCAUAGACGAGCUCCAGAGGUUGCUGGGAGGGAUGGAGCAGGAGAGCUCCACCCUGCGGGAGGCGAUCCGCAACCGAGAGGAGGAACUCUGCGAGCUGCGCAAGCUCAGAGAGGAGGGCCAGCGAGGGGAGCAAAGGACUGAGCAGUUGGAGAGAGAGGUGGCUAUUCUCAAAGAGAAGAUCCACCAUCUGGACGACAUGCUGAAAAGCCAGCAGAGGAAAGUCAGACACAUGAUUGAGCAGCUCCAGAACUCUCGCAUGGUGAUCCAGGAGAGGGACCGCGUGAUCAGAGAGCUGGAGGAGAAAGUGGCGUUCUUGGAGGCUGAGAACCGAGAGAUGCGUGACCAGAUGGACUACUUCCUGGGAGGACAAAGGUCAAAUUCCUACCUCUCAUCAGAGCGCAAUCCCCAGAUCGUCUACAGUAAACCAAUCAAGCUGACCAACUCAUCCAACAAACCGCUCCCGUUCAUCAAAGUCAUCGAGAUCAAGUCAUGAAGCGACAGUUCCGAAGAAAGACCACCAAAUCUUUUCAAUACAGACUGAAACCAAACAGCAGCUCUACGACCACAUCUGAUCACAUUAAUAGUUGGGAUGUCAGAGUUGAGCUUUCCUGAACUACAACAACACUUCUACUAAAACACAAACACACACACACACACACACACACACACACAUUGGGGAUCGCUGUGUGUCUGUGCAUAAUGAAUGUGUGUAUGUCAGCUUUAAAGUAGAUCCAUUAAGUGUACUGAUUUAGCUGAUGCAUUUGAAGUUUUACAUGUAAUAUACUGCGUUCUGUAUGCAGGCGUUUCCCUGUGCCGCCGUGGUUUGAACGCUUUUUUAACCUUUGAGUUUAUGACAACAGAACCGUUGAGCAAAGUGCAGGAUGGCAGAUCUUUUGCCAAAGUGGGUUAUGACAUUGUUAUGUAGCAAAGAUAGCUAACUAAGCUAAAAGUUUCUUGUAAACAUCAUUAACCAGAUGAUCUACAUCCUGUGUACUCUUUAGUCACUCAUCCAUGACUCCGGUCACUUUGCUGAGUGGCCGGUAUGAUGCUUUAAUGUGUAAAUACUGACUAUAGUUUAUAUAAGGUCAACACCCUGUCAUGUUUUUACAUACAAAUUAGUUAUUAAAGCCCAAAAUAACAAUAUGGCACAAAAUCAAACUGUGAGGAAGCAGAGGGAAACAUGAGUUUGUGGUGAUGAAGAUAUUUGGCAACAUUACUGCUUCAUAGAAGUGUCAUUAUUAUACAUAUUUAAAGCAUUUCAGUCCCCUGUCAUUGUGUGAACAGUCACCUUGUUUUGUACAUAAUAUUAAUGAAUGUGAUUUGUUGUUUUAAUUUCUACCUAACACCUUUCUCCUUUUGUAUUUAUUUAUAUUUAUCUUCUAGGCAGAUUGUGUGAUAAGGUUUUUUAUGAAGUACAUUCUCUCUAUUAUUUGUGUUUGUGGUUCUCAGAAUAAAUUACUGAAAAUGAA